AUGAAAUACAAAGAGGAUGUUGUUGAUGCUAGUAGAACCUUGAGAGGGUAUGAAGUUGGUGAUGAUCUUGAUGAAGAUUCAACAUUAGAGUUGGUGGAUCUUAUAGGAAGUCUAAUUUUAUUUGAGAGGACCGAGCAAGGAUCCGGCCCACCCGACCCGAACCGACCCGGAAGGGUUUGGGUGGAUCUGAAAAUAAUCGGGUCGGGUUUCGGGUCUUAUUUUCGGGUUCGGGUCGGUAUCGGGUCGGGCGUCGGGUCAGAUAAAAAUACUAGUCUGAGCCCGAUUUUUUCUUUUGAAUCAAACCCUACUCUGUUGUCUGGUUCUCUCUCCGCCUCCCUCAGCUCUCCGCCUCCCUCAGGGCCUCAGUUAUCUCUGUGGGCUAAUGUGAAAACGAUUCCAAAUCGGUACUUGUUGAUUGAUACUAGUGGAGGCUUGAAUCAACAAAGAACAGGGAUGGAAAAUAUUGGAGCAACUUUCACUUGGAGUUUGGAAAUGGAAGCUCUUUUGCAAUUACUUUAGCUUGUAAAUCUGAUGUUCAAUGAUCUGGAGAUAUCUUAGCAAGUUUUUCAUUCUUUAAUUUAGGUGAUGCGAUUUCCACAUUAAUUGUUUGGUCAAAAGUUGAGUUAAUGAAGUUGUACAUAGAGUUUUUCAAUGCUUUAUCUGGGAUUUGUUGGGUAUUGGAUCUUAUAAACAGUGAAAACAAGGCUGACUGGUUCUUUCUUUGGUGGGAGUGCUAUUGUUGGUUCUGUUGAAAGUGCAUAUGAGAGAAUAUUGGGAACUAUUGAGGAUUUGAGAACUGUUAAA